AUGGUGGGAGAGACAUCACUCGGCAGUGCUGUUACGAUGUUGGGUUCCCUUGAAUGCUGUGCUCUUGCCUCUAGCAUGGGGCAGUGGGAAGCCUCCGAGCAGAUGGCGCAGCUGAAGCGGCUCGAAGAGGAGAGCAAGACCCGGGCCAGUCAGCAGCAACAACAGCCGGAGAAUUCAAAUAGCGAGGAUGAGCAGGGAGAGGAAGGCACGACCAAUGAGUCUCUGCCGCCACCGCCGCCGCUGGCACAACAGCCUCAGCCGUACCAAGCAGUGGGAGGAGCUUGGGUGCCGGGUAGACCUGCUGAUCGUGAAGAGUAUCUUCAGCAGCAGCAGGCUAAGGGCGGGGUCCCUGUGGUGAACGCUGUGGUGGUGCCACCGGGAAAAGUAGUCGGGCAGCAGCAGCAGCAGACUGGGGUGGCAGCACCGCUAUCCUAUGCUGCUGUAGCUAGUGGCGCCUCGAAUUCACCACGAUCUGGGUAUUCGGGGGCUCCGGCAGCAGCAGCAGGGUAUUAUGGUCAAACGGGAUAUACCAUACCACAGGCACAAAUUCCAAUGCCCCCACCAAGGAAUCUCCGAGUGCCAAUGCCUGAGCUCGCGAGAUCGCAGCUGCAACAGCAGUCGGCACCGCAAGAAGGUGGACAGCAGGAGCAGCAGUACUAUGCUCAGCCAUCGCCGCCGCCGCCGGCGCAGCAGCAGUGGGUGCCGCAGAGGACACAAAGUGUUCCCAAGAUCACCACACCUUCGCCUCCUCCCCGUAAAGUGCCAAUUGUAGGGGCGAAGAAGUUGACGAGGAAGAGUAGUGUGACCUCUGAGCGCGCGCCCACUCAAACAGUACAGCCACCACCGCAGCAGCCCACUGGCGCUCCUGCUGCUACUGAGGAGCCGACUAGAGUUCCCGGAAUCAGAAGGAAGCUGACCGGAAAUCUGAGCGCUGCUAAGGGGUGGCCCGGCGCGGGGACCUCGGCGCCGCCUGAUUCGUCGGAGUUCAAGUGGCCGCAACAAUAGGAAAAAGUUGAUCAUCUCGCACGGCCUCGUUUUUAUAAUAGUAUGGCUCGAUAGACCAUCAAGUGUUAUAAUUGCCGAUUUCCCAUUCAAGAGAAUAGUUUUGUGACGCUGACUGGUUUCGCAGAGCUGGCUAA